UCUGAUAAAACUAUAACAUUAUUCUGAUUGUAGCUAGAAAAUGUUUCGUGCAUAUAACUUUCGCUUAAUUGCCGUGAGCCCGGACGACGUGACGUUUACACAUACAGAUUUUCCCCUUGGUUAACAGAUUUUAUAUCUGUCAUGGUGGUCAACAUUCCUGCCCUUAUUUCCAUUAUUAUUUUUUACGUAGCGAUUUUUAUAGUCGGGAUCGUAGCUGGCCGGAAGUCUGCGAGAAAGACAACCACUGAUGAAAUGUAUCUGGCAAGUAGAAAUAAAGGAAUGUGCAUAGCAUUUUUCACCAUCACAGCAACUAUGGUCGGAGGAGGUUACAUUAACGGAACUGCCGAAAUGAUGGCUGCUAGUGGACUUGUUAAUUCUUUGGCGCCAGUUGGGUAUUCUCUUUCCAUGCUAAUUGCUGGUGUAAUGUAUGCGCCGACGAUGCGCCGCAAUAACUGCGUGACGGCGUUCGACAUGUACCAGCGGAAGUACGGACGGCGCGUGGGCGGACUCUUGUUCUUUCCGCAGCUCUGUGGCGACAUCUUCUGGACCGCCGCCAUCUUGUCGGCUCUUGGAACCACGGUGGCUCUCAUACUGGACAUCAGCGACACCUUGGCCAUCAUCGUGUCCGCCUUUGUGGCCGUCAUCUACACCUUCCUGGGGGGCCUAGUGGCCGUCGCCUACACCGACGUCAUACAGCUGCUAUGUAUGACGUUUGGAUUGUUCUUGGCGUUUCCGUUCGCAAUGCACCAUCCCGCUGUUGACCUGUCCCGUGUCAGCGACACGUGGAUUGGUCACCUAGAUACGAGAGAUCUCGGGUCAGAUAUUGACACGUGGCUGUUACUGGUUCUUGGGGGGAUUCCCUGGCAGGUAUAUUACCAGCGAAUGUUUGCUUGCAAAACCACUAAAAUUACGCGUGUAGCUACUACUUUUGCGGUUGGCUUUUGUGUGGUGUUAACCAUUCCGUCGGCGGUUAUCGGAGUUAUCGGAAAGGCAGCUGACUGGAAUCAAACGUCUUACGAGGGUCUCGUUCCGCUACCGAAAAGUAAAUACAACGCAAUCCUCCCCAUGGUCCUCAAUUACCUGUGCCCACUUCCAGUAGCAGUGAUAGGCCUUGGAGCGGUGGCGGCGGCAGUGAUGUCGUCGACUGACUCCUGUGUGCUGUCCACGGGAACCGUGUUUGCAAAGAAUAUUUACACGGAUGUUUUCAGACAACAGGCUUCAGUUCGAGAACAGAUUUGGGUGCUGCGGAUCGCCAUAGUGAUCACUGGCAUCAUCGCAACAGUGCUGGCAAUCGCGGUAACCACCAUUUACGUCCUGUGUUCGGAUCUCCUGUACAUCGUCCUCUUCCCUCAGCUCACCUGUGUCUUGUGGUUCAGGCCCUCCAACACGUACGGUUCCCUCAUGGCAUACAUCUUCGCUUUGGUCAUCCGAGUAGCAUCCGGAGAACCCCUUCUUGGUAUUCCAGCUGCACUGAAAUUUCCUAUGUAUGACGAUACUCUGGGUCAGCAAUUUCCCUUCAGAACUGUGACGAUGCUGAUUAGUUUCGCUAUAAUCACCGGGGUAUCUGUCUUAACCAACUGUCUGUUCAAGAGAGGAAUACUUCCUCUGAAGUACGAUGUCUUUAGGUGUAUUGAAAAGGAAAGUGUUCGUUUCGAGAAAAUGCAGGAUGUAAUGAAUAAUCCACAGGGUGAAAUGACUCAGAAUAAACAAGAGGCUACAGCUUUGAAGAAUGGGGAAGAGACACAGAUGCUUUGAAUUAAUAGUUUCGUUCCUUUUCAAGUGUCUAAAAAGUGACUUAUUGUUUUUGGUAGGAUUUCAGUAUCUGUAGUAUUGAUAUCAGUGGAUGUUUUGGAUUUUAACAUAGGUUGUCAUCAUAUAGCAGCCAGUCAUAUCUCAAAGUGAUGUUCAUAAAUCUCACACUGUUCUCUCAAAUGAGUGAGUAAACCAACAACAUGUGGCGGAUCCAUAGAGUGCUAGGGAACCCUCCCCCUAAAUAUAUUAAAAUGCCUCUUUUUCUUUCGUAUCUUUUUUAAAGGUACAGACCUUAGUUUCAACUCGUAAAACUUAACACUAAGUUUAGUUAAUCAACAAACCUGUAACACAUUUGGAUAAAGUUACAAUUGAGUGAAACAUGAGUCUGUGACUUUGAAAUGGUGA